AUGAACCAAUCUCUGCUUCGGGUCCUAUCCUACUUGGCAUGGACAAAUGGACAACUGGAGCUUAAUCAGAGACCGGGCGGCGGGCGCGGAGGCGCGGGCGGCGGCCGAGCUCCCCCACGCGGCAGCUCUGGCGGGCGGCGCCCCCGCGCUCGCGGCUGGGCUUGCAGGUCGCCGCGGCUGCAGGGAAGGCGCCGCCGAGCGCCGCGCACAGCCCGCCCGCGGCAGCGCCGUGUCCGCCGGGCUCUCCUGCGCCGCCAGCCCCACGGUGCGGCCGGCCCGGCUCUCCUGCGCGCCCAGCCGGCUCUCCGGCGCUCUCAGCCCCGCUCUCCUGCGCCGCCCGUUCUUCGGCGCGAACAGCCCAGCAGUCCAGGGACGCCCCCGCCGCCUGUGCCGCAGGUCGUCGGAACCCUCAUUUGGCCGCUCCCUACUCUCCCCGCGCCUGAUCUGCAUGGGAAGUUGGGGGAAAUGGACAGGGUCGUGCUGGGGUGGCUCGCUCUCUUCUGGUUAACAGCCGGGGUCGAAGGCCUCCAGGUCACGGUGCCCGACAAGAGGAAGGUGGCCAUGCUCUUCCAGCCGGCCUUGCUCCGCUGCCACUUCUCCACCUCCUCCCAUCGGCCUGCUGUCGUGCAGUGGAAGUUCAAGUCCUACUGCCAGGAUCGCAUGGGGGAGUCCUUGGGCAUGUCCUCCCCCCGGGCCCAGUCGCUCAGCAAGAGAAACCUGGAGUGGGACCCCUACUUGGACUGUUUAGACAGCAGGAGGACUGUCCGAGUGGUGGCUUCGAAACAGGGCUCAACCGUUACCCUGGGGGAUUUCUACAGGGGCAGAGAGAUCACCAUCGUCCACGAUGCAGACCUUCACAUCGGAAAGCUGGUGUGGGGCGACAGCGGGCUUUACUACUGUGUCAUCACCACCCCGGAUGACCUGGAGGGCAAGAGCGAGGGCUCGGUGGAGCUGCUGGUGCUGGGCAGGACAGGGCUGCUUGCUGAUCUCUUGCCCGGUUUUGCUGUGGAGAUCAUGCCAGAGUGGGUGUUUGUGGGCCUGGUGAUCCUGGGAGUCUUCCUCUUCUUCGUCCUGGUGGGGAUCUGCUGGUGCCAGUGCUGCCCCCAUAGCUGCUGCUGCUACGUCCGCUGCCCGUGCUGCCCAGACUCCUGCUGCUGCCCUCAGGCCUUGUACGAAGCAGGGAAAGCGGCCAAGGCCGGGUACCCUCCCUCUGUCUCCGGUGUCCCUGGCCCUUUCUCCAUCCCCUCUGUCCCUUUGGGAGGAACCCCCUCAUCUGGCAUGCUGAUGGACAAGCCGCAUCCACCUCCCUUGGCACCAAGUGACUCCACAGGAGGAAGCCACAGUGUUCGCAAAGGUUACCGGAUCCAAGCAGACAAGGAGAGAGACUCCAUGAAGGUCCUGUACUAUGUGGAGAAGGAGCUGGCUCAGUUUGACCCAGCCAGAAGGAUGAGAGGCAGAUAUAACAACACCAUCUCAGAACUUAGCUCCCUGCACGAAGAGGACAGCAGCUUCCGCCAGUCUUACCAUCAGAUGCGGAACAAGCAGUUCCCUGUGUCUGGGGACUUGGAGAGCAAUCCUGACUACUGGUCGGGUGUCAUGGGAGGCAGCAGUGGGGCCAGCCGCGGACCCUCAGCCGUGGAGUACAACAAAGAAGAUCGGGAGAGCUUCCGGCACAGCCAGCAGCGCUCCAAGUCCGAGAUGCUGUCGCGGAAGAACUUCGCCCCCGGGGUGCCGGCAGUCUCCAUGGACGAGCUGGCGGCCUUCGCCGACUCCUACGGCCCGCGGCGCCGCGCCGACGGCAACGGCCUGGAGCCGCGGCCCGGGGGCCGCUUCGAGCGGGCGCGCACAGGCCUCCUCCAGGACGGGCCGCUGGAGGACCUGUACGGGCGCGGCCGCAGCCGCGAGCCGCUGGACCCCGAGCGCGGCUGGCCGGAGGACGCGCCCCUGCCGCGCCUGGUGAGCCGCACGCCGGGCACCGCGCGCAAGUACGAGCACGCGUACCUGGGCGGCGCGCCCGAGCGGCCCGAGGGCGCGGGCCGCGGCGGCAGCCUGGAGACGCCCGCCCGGCGCGGCGCGCAGCUCGGCCCGCGCAGCGCCUCCUACUACGCCUGGUCGCCGCCCGCCGCCUACGAGCCCCGGCCCGGCGACGCGGAGCUGGAGCCCGACGACACGCUGCCGCCCUACAGCGAGCGCGAGCUGAGCCGCGGCCCGUCCUGGCGCAGCCGCGACCUGCCGCACCACGGCGGCUCGGAGAAGCGCAGGAAGAAGGAGCCCGCCAAGAAAACGAGUGAGUUUCCAACCAGGAUGUCCCUUGUGGUUUGAUGUUUUCAAGACAUCUCUGGAUGACCAGAAGUCAGACACAGACUACAGGAACAAGACACAAGCCAGCAGGCCAGGACCUUCUCUGGCCACCACCUUGGAAGAUCUGCUGAUCUCUGCUUCAGCAGGGGACAGGAGGCAGCCUUUCAGGAGGCUGAUUCCAAACCUCAGUGCCCCUCCAGCUAGUUUGAGAAGCUCAUCAAGAAGACAAAACAUGAAAAACAUCGCACACCGAGUUUCUCCCCCAGUUUCUCCUGCCCAGUCUCCUUCCUUAGUGGAGCCAGGACUUCAUUUCCAAGUCUGAAAGAGUUAACCCUGGAGUGCUAAUCUCCAGAAAUUUCCUGUGCCUACAGAAUGCUUUUCUGUACCUCCCGAGCUAUGCCUGGCAACUGAAGAAUUUACUAUCAUUAGAAGGCCUGCUUGGGGGAGGGGGGAGAUAAUUUCAAGGCAAAAUAUGCCUUGUACCCGGAUGCUUCCCGGUCACUACACUAAAAUCAGAAAGCCUUUGGUGAUCUCAGUGACAGUGACCUCCCAGACUAUCAUAGAAGUGGCUGUUCUGGAUCAAUUCUUGAGUGACAAAACAGUGUACCAUUCUGAAAACCUGUCUAAGUGGUAUUUCUUUGUUCAUUCUGAGGACAUAAACUGCUCUUUCUUUUUCUGCUGCACCUGUCGACAUCUAAGUCUGGGACCCUAAGGGCUCUUCUCUUCCUCUGCUCUCCUGGACUUGCCACAGGUUGGUGCCAUACACAGAGCCCCACCUGUCUGCACUCUGAUUAGAGUUGUCAUCAGGUGCCUUUGGUAGAUGUUUAAUUUGCACACGUGAAAGAGAAGAGAGAGAAAAGGAGAAAUAAGUUGUGCAAGAUGGAAAAGAAUAAAUGACCUCCUUACGUUUUACAUGUGGGUCUUCUUCCCCACAAAUGCCGCUAGUCCCUCCUGGGUCUCGUUUGCCAUAAAUUGUUUCUCCAUCCUGGUUCUGCCAUUGUGGGGUUGAGCCUGCAUCACUUGGCAUCACUGGGCUGCCGCUGAGGAUGCUUUAGGAGGUAAAGGGUAUUGUUUUAUCAGGAGGGAGACCUUCCUGUUCCUACUCUUGCCUAGAUGAUAGGUUCUGUCUAAAUCCCAAAGUGAGACCCUUUGGAUUUAGUAAUUUGUGUUGCAAAAAUGGCCACGAACUCUUCCCUUCUGACUGAGAGGUGGCAGUCUUUUUACCCACCCCUGAAUUUGGAGUUGGCCUUGUGGUUUGGUUUGACCAAUGGCCUGGUAACAAAUGUGACAUAAGCAGAGACUGAAAAGUCCUCAUGCAUUGACUUUGUCCUCUCUUGCUGCUCUUGGGAACCUUGCAGCCACCGCCAGGAGAAGGAGCCUAGACUAUCCUGCUGCAUGAUGAGAGAAAGGCCUAGUGACCCCUGUCCCCCCGUGUGACAGCUUGUCUACACAAUCAUGUCUGAUUGCAGACAUGAGAGUUCAACCAAAACUGACAGAAGAAUGGCCAGGCUGAGCCGGGUCCCACCUGCUGAUCCCUUCUCGAAGCAUGAGAAGUUGGUGCACCCUAGGUGUUCAUUUUCUUCAAAGACAAAGCUGACUCUUGUUGGCAUGUUCUGCUCUGAAUCCAUCACUCCAUCCAAAUUUGUAUGUCUCUCAGCCUCCACUUACUUUCAUCACAGCCUCUCACCCUGCGGUGAUGGAACACGGGAUUGGCUGAGUCACUGCAGGAGGAGAAGGCUUGACCUCAUUGUCUGCCGACCCAGCAGUGGUCCAUUUCCUGUGCGUGGGUCCAUGGACAACCUCUGAAGAAGGUUGCUCAGCCCCUUCUUGGUCUGCAGAGCCAUCUGCCAGGACCUCCAGAGUACCACUCCACUAGCUCCUGUUCUUCAUGGCUUUUCCACAAAGUCCUACAUGUACAAUGUUACAAAGAAGCCCCCCAGGGAGGGUCAGAAGGAUGAGCUGUUACCACUGCACAGAGGAGAAACGGCCUACCAAAGGACUUCAGAUCGCUUGGCCUGUCCUACAGGAACCCAGAGGACAGUUCAGCCCAGUGCUGGCACUUCCAAGGGCUGGAAGACACAAGCCAUAACCCUGGUGCUGAGUUUUAGACUUGCCAAUGUCCCUGACCUCAGCAAGCCUCAGUCUGGUCUGUCUGGGCUCCAGCUCAGGUGGAGAAUGUCACCAACCUUGGAUUUCAACUUGCUCAGGCCGUUUUGCAGAGCACUGGGUAGCUGGCUGCAGUGGCUGCUGUGUCUUUAUAACUGAGCACUGUGCCCGGCUUCUCACCACCAAAGAGCCCCAUAGCACCAGCUGCAGAGACCAGAUGUGUUGCUUUGUGAAGCCAGGGGCACGUGUGAUGUUGUUGACAGUUGAGGGGAGCCGUGGGAAGAAGUUAUUAAAAUUGGAAGCCUGCAAUUCAAAGACAAUAAAACUAAAGACAGAAAAUAAAAAAUGCAAAGGCAGAGACCUGUGGAAAUAACCUGGCGGGUGGUGGAGUGCUGGGAUUUGGGGCCAGGUUGUUCUCUGUAGGGCUGCAGGAAUCACUCAUCAGAGAGAAAAGGCAGUUGUCUCUGGGUUUGUGAACAGGAGGUGAGGAGAAUAAAGGAGGCAAAGCCUGCUCUUCUGGAUACCAGGCUUUUCUCUCACCUCCUUUUUUCAUCUCCCCAAAGACUGCAUCCUGCAUAGGAAGUGCCUGUAUGCUAGCUUCCUCCCUCAGCUUUAUUGGAGUUUAAAGUCCUGUGUAAGACAUGUCUCCAUUGGGACCAUACAGUUUAAUAGGGGAAAUGAGACAGGCCCAAGAACGAACUGGAGUUCAUGCACAUGAUAGGAAAUAGUGCUAUGGAUAAAUAACUUUCAACCCAGAGAUUCAAAAGUUUCUUUAAAUGGGACUAUUUUGAUAUCUAAAUGUAUGUGUUUGUCCGUCAUCCCAUGAAAAGACAUGCUCAGUCAGUGAUCUGGAAAGCCAGUCCUCAAAAGUCUAAACUGGAGAGAGGUGAACCGGGCUGGUGGCAGGAGGAGUGGCAGGGCCCAGGCCUGCUGGAGCUGCGCCUGCCUGUGAGUCACAGCUGAGUCAGGAAUGAGCUGGAGGAGCCGUGGGGGCUGGUGGCGGGAGGUGCGGGUGAGUUGCUUCGCUAGGUCAGCCUGGUUGGCAGCGGGGAACAGUGGCCAAGGCCUAGCAGCAGGUGAUCACUCCUGCUCCCAUGUACGCUGGUGUGAGCUCAUGUCCAGCUCUCCAGGCCCAGCCCUGCUCCGGGGUGUUGCUGCCCACCUUCCCUGGGGCGGGCAGGUGUCUCCAUGGCCCCUCGUCUCCCUUCUCAGAGUGUACAUGUUCAGCACUUGGCAUGGGACUGGGCACACUAGGAUUGGAAGGGGCGGCCACCCAAACCUGAGGCACAUCUAUAUGUAUUUCUAAUAGUCUGCAAAACGUCAUGUGAAUGAUCCCAUCAGAUCUCAGGCAGCCUUCAAGAGAAGCUGAGGAAACAGGUCUGGUUAGCAUUCACCACACCUUUCUAAUAGAGGGAGAAACAUCAGCCCGCUGGUGAAAUCACAGACCCUUCCCAUCCUUAGACUCCCCAGCCGUAGGUCUUUCCUGUUGGAUCAGUGUUUCACACAUUGCCUCACCCUAAGAAUGACUUGACUUCCAUUGGUUAAAAGGUAUCGCUGGGGCCUGCCUUGAUGGAUUGGGGGGUCUGGAGCCAAGGUGUGACCUUGGACUUGGGUUUCAAGAGAGUCCUUUGAUGGGAUGCCUUUGGGAGGUGCUGCCCUGGGUCAGUCUUGCCCCUGUCAAGGCUGGCCUGAGGUGUCCUUGGGCAGUGGGUGGGUUCUUCCAGAGUCUGGUGAGGGCCCUCCCACUUCCCUGGGGCUGACCGCGGUGAGGCACCCACAUCCUGACGGUGACUUGGACUGGCUUACCAGAGUGGAGUGGAGGGACGACUGAGGGGGAGAGAGGGUUAGGAGCCCCCAGGAGCUUCCCUCCCUUUUCAGAAUGGUGAUCUGUUGUGACACAGCCUCAGCUCAGACGACAAGAAUAGCAGGUGACUUUCUCAUUCCCUCCAUGCCAUUCUGAGCAAAACUUAGAUCAUGACUGGAGAGAAAGGAGGCCAUUGGGGAAAUGGCAGAUGUAGAUCAUUUUUCAAAGCACACAGAUUAUUAGCCUUGCUAGUCAGCACCACGCCCCCCUCAGGAUCCAGAGCAGAGUGGGCAAGAGUAGUAAAAUCUACAUCAUAUCUCCUCCCAAGAUUGGAUUUAAGAGCCGCCAGAAUCCAAAGGGAGUUUGAAAUUGACUUACAGUCGUAGAAAUUUAAAUUCAAUGAAAUAGCAGCCCAGAUACUUAAAGCCCUAGAAGAAAAAGUGCCUAGUCUUUCCCUGUCUACCUCCCAGUCACCUGGGAGGCUGGCGCGUGAAGCUGGAGGUUCGGGGGGCUUUGCAGGAGAGUGGAGCACUAGGAAGCCUGCCCUGACCGGUCCCUUACUUCACUAGACGUUACCGUUCACGACUGACCUGGCACAUCAUCUCAUGCCCCUGGGAUGGAGGCAGGGCCAAUGUCAGAACUUGAAGCUGAGGUUGGAAAGCUCUGAGGUCUGCCUCCAGAGGUCUGCCUCCAGGAGUCUGCCCCUAAGGGGGUGGCUUUUAGAAUCUGACGGCCAGGUCUCGGACUUCACAACGGCUGUGGUCCUCGGGCUUGGAAUCUGGCCCGUUCUCUCUCCAGAAGAGCCCUGAACUGCCAGCUCCUCCUUGUCGCUGUGGGGAGCGGCUGUGCAGACAGGCCCUGUUGCUGCUCCAUCCUGCUCUCAGAGGGGUCCAGGUGCAGCAGCCAUGAGUGAGGGGAAGGGCUUUGGGGAAUAGGUGCUUCCGCCUUGGAAUCCCUGAAGAGGAAUUUCUGAGCCAAACUUUCAUCUGGACACAAACUCCCUGGGCCAGGGAGUGGGAUCCGCUUAGGAAGAGACAGCCUGGCAUCUCUUCUGGCAAAAUUCGUGUUUGAGUGAAAACAAAAGGCAGCUCUAGUGUGAGGAGGGGAAAAGGGAGAAGUUCAGCUAAUGCUUCCUUGGAGCUUUUUGGUGGGGCUGGCUGGGGGCGAGGUAAAUGCACCCCCCAUUUCUUCUGAGGAACUAGAAGAGACACAUGGCUUCUCCCUUAUGCUGCUUGAAGAAAAGCCAAGGUGUUAGACACUGCCCACGAGAAAUGUCCUCGUGGAAAUAAAGAGCGAGGGCACAGAAGAAACUAUGGGCAGAGAGGGGCAGACGUGCCCAGGAAGAGCCCAGCGGAGGCUGCCCUGCCUGUGACAUCGGCCCUGAGCUGUUCCUGUCGCUGGUUGCUCACCAAUCUGUAUCAGACAGACAAAGUGGAUUUGGUUGUGAUGUUUUAAACUAAA